AUGCUGAACUGUAUAGACACCGCAGCACCGCUGCAGCAGCAACUGCCGCCCGCAGAGAUAAGCAGCAGACACAGCAGGGGCGGAUUUAACCCCUAUGUAAACAACGGAGGUACGGUGGUUUGUGUUGCUGGCGAUGGUUUUGCUGUUGGUGUUGGCGACACCCGGCUGUCUGUUGGUUACAGCAUUCACUCCCGCAUGCAAUCCAAGCUUACUAAACUGACAUCCCGCUGCAGCAUCGCAUCUUCGGGGAUGCAGGCAGACAUAAACACUCUACACAAAUGGCUCAAGGUCCGCGUUGCCCUGUUCAAGCACCAGCAUAGAGAGGAGCCCAGCAUAGAGGCCCUCGCUCAGUUGCUGUCUACUGUUUUAUAUUCUCGUCGUUUUUUUCCUUAUUAUACUUUUAAUGUUUUAUUCGGCAUUGAUAAUGAAGGUAAAGGGGCUGUCUAUGGCUACGAUGCCGUCGGCUCUUACGAAAGAGCAGAAUACAAUUGUGCGGGCACAGGCAGUGCUUUGGUUAUGUCUAUACUCGAUAACCAGAUCGCCAGAAACAACCAACUGAAGCAAAGACCAAAGAUGACGAAGGAGGAGACAAUUGCUUUUGUUAGAGGGGUUCUCGCGUCUGCGGGGGAGAGAGAUAUAUACACAGGCGACCAGACGGAGGUUAUGGUGAUAGAUAGCGACGGCAUCCAUACAGAGUUUGUGCCUCUAAGGAAUGAUUAA